ACUACAAAACAGUGCCUUUACUGACAUUUCGGCCAGUGCAAUGCUUUGGCUCAGAAGACACGACUGAGAUUAAAUGACCCAGGAAGUGCAACUGCAACCACUGCCAGAUGACCCAAGAAUAAGGCGUAGAAAUGGAGAGCUUCCUUUAACCUAAAGUCCAGAUGUGUGGCAGGGAAUGUUAGUCGAUCCCCGAUACCCCACCAUAGCGGAUGUCGGAUUUCCUGGUCCACAGAAGCCGGGGGAAUCCUGCAAUAACGACCAUACAGCACGGGCUAUUUAAAUAGACAACAGUCGUAACUGUCUACCAUUCUUCAGUUAAAACAGAGCUACUUAAACUAUAUCUGUACACUAGUGUUAUUAUUUUGUACGUCAAGCAGACACAGUCAGUUGAAAUAGCAGUGGCUAGAGUGAUGUCUGCGACGGCCGGCGGCGGUUCCUCUUGCUCGGCCUCCCAGGGCUCAACGCUCACAGGACCCGGCUCGGGGAUUUCGAUGUUCCGCUGGUUGGAGGUCCUGGAGAAGGAGUUCGACAAGGCUUUCGUGGACGUGGAUCUGCUGCUUGGAGAGAUCGACCCAGAUCAGGCGGAUAUUACAUAUGAGGGCCGUCAGAAAAUGACCAGCUUAAGCUCCUGCUUCGCCCAACUCUGCCACAAAGCACAGACCAUUUUUCAGUUAAACCACAAACUGGAGGCCCAGGUAGUAGACAUGAAGUCUGAGCUGUCUGAGGCACAGGGGGAGAAGAUUGUGUUUGAGAAGGAAGUCCACGAUCAGCUGCUGCAGCUCCAUGCCAUCCAGCUGCAGCUCCACUCCAAGACUGGACAGAAUGUCGACUCACGCUGCAUCAAAGCCAAGUUGUCUGUCCCAACUGUGGAGGAGAUGGAGAAAGAGCUGGAGGCAAAUAAAAAAGAAAAGGUUAAGGAAGCUAAGCUGGAGUCUGAAGUGAAGUUACUGAGGAAGGAGAAUGAAGCUCUUCGAAGGCAUAUUGCUGUUCUGCAAGCAGAAGUUUAUGGAGCCCGGUUAGCAGCUAAAUACCUUGACAAGGAGCUGGCAGGAAGGGUGCAGCAGAUACAGCUGUUAGGCAGGGAUAUGAAAGGUCCAGCCCAUGACAAAUUGUGGAAUCAGCUAGAAGCAGAAAUACACCUGCACCGGCACAAAACGGUCAUUAGGGCAUGUCGAGGUCGCAAUGACCCAAAAAGACCCCUGCCUACUCCUGUUGGGCACGAGUCGGACACUUUAAAGAAGACUCAGGGUGUUGGACCGAUUAGGAAAGUCCUGUUGGCUAAAGAGGAUCAUGAGGGACUUGGUAUUUCCAUUACAGGUGGUAAAGAACAUGGCGUUCCCAUUUUAAUAUCUGAGAUCCACCCUGGCCAGCCUGCUGAGCGCUGUGGGGGUCUGCAUGUAGGAGAUGCCAUUCUGGCUGUAAAUGGCAUCAACUUGAGGGACGCCAAGCAUAAAGAAGCUGUAACCAUACUGUCUCAGCAGAGAGGCGAUAUUGAAUUUGAGGUGGUGUACGUGGCCCCAGAGGUGGACUCUGAUGAUGAAAAUGUUGAGUAUGAGGAUGACAGUGGCCAUCGCUACCGCUUGUACCUUGAUGAGCUUGAAGAAGGGUCAACUUCCAACCGGAAUAACAGCAAUGGCGAUGCUGGGCCAUUGCAAGCCCCAGACAAGAACUCUGUGACCGAUUCUGUGGAAAACGGUGACACUGGAAUCUCUAGUGAAACGCUGUCUGAGGAGAUUGCCCCCAAGCCUGCCAAGUCUGCGGAGAGCUCCUCAUAGGCUGGGUACAGGAUGAAAGGAUUGUGAGGGGGUACAAAGAGACUUUGAACAGUAUCUGUGUUAAAUAAGAGUUUUUUAUGUAGUUUGAGGAAGGACUGCAGUGGAGUCAAUGAGAGUCUGUCUGCAUGAGAAUUGGAAAAGGGGAAUGACAUUUCUAUGGUUAACAUAAAUAUGAAUUGUAAACAAUACUGAAUGUAUGUACCUGUCUCUGUUUUGCCAUGUUCAUACGAAAAAAGUCAUUAAUAUGGUGAUAACUGAGCUGGUGAAAAAGAGACUUGGCAGCUGGUAGAAUUAUUCAUUGGGGGAGGUUGUUUUAAAUGUAAUUAUUAUCUUAAUUGGAAGCUGAAUUUAGCCUGUUGCAGCUGACAUCACAAACCUGAUGAAAUAAGACCCACGCGCAAUGAUGAGGAGGACUUGCCAGGACAGAGUAAGCUGAGACCUUAUCAGGGCCUGACUUAGUCCUGUGUUUCCUUCAUGUUCCAGGUUUAAAACUAGGGCUGCUGACUAACAAGUUACAGAUUACAAUUGUACUGUAAAAGAUCAAUAGAACUUUUUUACUGUACAGUUCUGAAUUUGACUAACCAUCGUUGCCAGGCACCAAGUUUAAAUGCGUUAGGAUUUUGGGGUUAUACGUAGAACUCGCAUUCGUCAUUUGAAUAACAAUGCCAACAUGGAGAACAAGCCAGUGUUGAGGAUGUAUUAUAGUUUAUGGCAGUAUGAAGUAAAUAUAUAGCAAGAAGGAUCUAGUAUAUGUUUCAACUAAUUUCCGGCAUUGCUGUAUCCUGUUAUGAGAAGUGCAAUGUAUUUAUUAUUAUUAUUUUUUAAUAUUUCAAUAAUAUAACACAGAAAAACAAAUGGCUGUUUAUGGUCAAGGGAUGCUGGGUGUGUGUGUUUUUUAUUUUUAUUAUUACUACAUGGAGAAAAUAUACGGUGAUCAGAAGAGUGGUUUCAAUAUGCAUUGAUUUUUGGUGUCUUUUACCAAGUGUGUCUUUCUUACCCCUUGGUGAUGAUCUGCAAUGAUAAGAAGCCACUGUGGUGAUAGUGCUUUCACACUACAGGCACUGUUUAUGGGGCUUGUUAGAAAGGAGAAAGGAAGGUUUGUUCUUCUUUUUUUAUUUAUUUUAUUUUAUUUUUUUUAUGAGAAUACCGGUCUGUAUCCAAAGAUAACUGUAACCAGGCUGUGUGCUGGUUAUACUGUAGCAUACCUCCAUUCAGAACUAUGUGGAAGUGGGUGUGUUGAGAAAAUAGGAAGCAAAACAUGGGAUGAAGGGGGAAAGAAGUUAUGAGUACAUUUGAUCUCAAAGCUUUAAAUGAAUCCCAAGCUUUAAGAGCUAAAAGGCAAGAGUAUGAGCUGUAGCUGCUUUUUUUUAACAUGCAAAACAAAUAACUGUUUUAGUUUUAGCAAUAAACACAUUGUUUAUGGUAUUACAAUAUUACAGUUACACUGAAGAAAGGUUAUGCCAUAACACAUGGCUAUAUCAAAACACUCAUUUCUGUUUAUACCAGAGAGCCUAUAUCUAUCUGUAGAUAGAUAGAUAGAUAGAUAGGUAUAAGGUUAAUGAUUACAGUAUUUCUAUGGGUUUAUAGCUUAUUUUUAAAUGGUUUCUCUUAAGUGUCUUCUGCAUGGUCUGUAGCUGACUUUCUUUGGUGUUUUGUACUUGCAGACUUUUAUGUUUUAUAUUUACCAGUCUGUAAAUUGGAUUAUUUUUCAUAACUAUCCCGAGGAAAAUGUGUAAAAAAAAAAACUGCAUAAAAAAUGUAUUGUUUACUAUCUGAAGUAUUGUUACUUUUAAAUUUGUGAAUUUUUCUUUUUUUGUUGUUGUUAUUUACAAAAAAAAGCAGUUAAAUAAAUUGUAUGAUAUUUCAACAAACCUCUAACAAAACUUAAUGCAUGCUCAGGGUAGGUUAUGCCUGUAAGCUGUGCACAUACAAGUCAUUCCUGCCUGAAAUGUAUAUAAACUGCUUUAGAUCAUCAAA